CAUUCGAUAAGAUUAGUAGGUUGAACUUCAGUUGUAAAGAAGAUUCUCUUUCGUGCUGAAGUCUUUGUUAAGCCAUGCAAUUUAUUCAAACGAAGUAACCACGUUUUCUAAAAUGAUGUGGAUUAAAUUUUGAUUUAAGAGUUUGGUUCGUUUGUUAUAAUAUAACAAGCUCGUUUUAUUAUUGUAAUUUGUAGUUGGAAUUUUAAUAUUGAAAAUGAGAGUGCAAUUUACGGGAAUGUUAAUAGUGCUGUGUCUUCAUGUUUUAAAAUGUCAUUUGGCUGCAGGAACUGGAAAUCUUUUUGGCUUAUUCGAAUCAAGAGAAUCAAACGACGAGUGUAAUAGUAAUAAAGUGUGCGAUGGCCGGUGCAUCGAUUUGGCACAAAUAUGCGAUGGUGAGGUCAAUUGCGCGGAUGGAUCGGACGAGGAAAAUUGCGAUUAUAUAAAAUGCCGAAGUCCCAGAUAUUUUAAAUGUCACGAUUCAAAAUGCAUUCCUUCCACGUCCGUAUGUAAUCAACUCAAAGAUUGUGAUGGCGGUGAAGAUGAAAUCGCUUGCCAUGAUCCGCCGGGAAGUGAUGGAUGUACUAAUUCGAGCUUUCGCUGUAGUAAUAACUUAUGUAUUCCGGAAGCAUGGACUUGCGAUGGCCAUACUGAUUGCGCAGAUAACAGCGAUGAAACAAUCGGAUGUGAAAAGAAAAUAUGCAAAGUCAACGAGUUCAAGUGUAAGAAUAAUAAAUGUAUACCUUUGUCAUUUCGCUGUGAUGGUAUGUCCGACUGCCGCGAUAAUUCGGAUGAAGAACAUUGUGAAUACCCGGUUUUGGAUAUGAGCAACUGCACGUUAAAUAAUGGUAAAUUCGCUUGCAAAGACAAAUUGAAGUGCAUCGAUGUCUAUAAAACAUGUGAUCUUCAUAAAGAUUGUUUCGAUGGCUCUGACGAAGGAGGAGCUUGUUCCGACGAAAUCAAUAAAGUCUGUUCCAACUGCACACAUAAGUGUAUUCGCCUUCCGGAAACAACUGUUUGCGUUUGUCCCGAUGGGUUUAUUCUAGAUAGUAACAACAGAUGUCAAGAUGUAAAUGAGUGCGAAGUAUACGGUAUAUGCGAUCAAAAAUGUUUCAAUACCGAAGGAUCAUAUUCGUGUGGGUGCGAUUCGUAUUACGUAUUACAAAGUGAUGGGAAAACUUGCAAAAUGAAUGGUGAAGAUGCGGUGUUGUUGUAUUCGUCGACGUCCGGUAUUAAAGGAAUGCAUGUGCAGAGUCUUCGAAAUUUCAGUAUAAUCGAUUACAAUGUCGUUUCUCCUGGAGUGAGCGUAGCUGGUUCCAAUAUUUAUUGGACAGUGGUUCAACAAGGGUUAACUGGAAUAUAUAAAGCAUCCAUGGAGGAUUACAAGCCACAUUUGAUAAUAAGUUCUGGCUUAGGCACUCCGGAAGACCUCGACGCAGAUUGGAUAACUGGAAAUAUCUACUUUACGGAUUCUAAAUUUAAACAUAUCGGUGUUUGCGGCAGUAAUGGCUGGGUUUGUAGUAUUCUUCAUCAAGAAAAUAUUGAUAAACCAAGAUCUAUUACUCUUUCACCGGAAAAUGGAAUACUUUUUUGGACCGACUGGGGAUCGAAACCUAUGAUAGGAAAAUCCGGGAUGGAUGGUUCCAAAGCAGAAGUAUUCGUUUCUGGAAAUAUCGAUUGGCCGAAUGGAAUUUGCGCUGAUACGCCUAAUGAACGAGUGUAUUGGGUGGAUGCGAAACACCACCGUAUAGAAUCCAUCAAAUUUGAUGGGACUGAUCGAAGGGUAAUCUCAUCUGAAUACGUGAAAUCGCCUUACUCUAUAUCUAUUUUUGAAAAUAAAUUAUAUUGGAGUAAUUGGGAUGGAAAUGAAAUUUUGGAAUGUGACAAAUUUACUGGGAAAAACCGAAGAAGUUUGAUUCGAGAUCCGUCGCAUACGAUGUACAGUAUUCAUGUACAACAUCCAUCACAUCAUAAACGAGCGAUUGUGAAUCCAUGUGCUAGUGAUGAUAAUCCUUGCAGUGAUAUGUGUUUGUUAGCUCCUGGUCCAAAGAAGAGUUUGAGUUUUUCGUGCGCUUGCCCCGACAACAAAGAGCUGAGCAAAGAUUCAAAAACUUGUUUUCUCAAAAAAUACCCUCAUUUGUUAAUUGCGGGACUCAGAAAUAAUAUAUACCUCAUCGAGCACAAACAUUUGGGUCAUCCUGAAAUUAAAAAUUUCGCAUUGGAUGUUGAAUCGGUUGCUUCCAUGACUUACUUAUCAGAAAGUCGAGUAGUGAUUGCUGAUUCGAAAUCAAAUCUCAUCAAAUCGUACGAUUUAACGAAUCAAACGACAAAAACGCUUCCUACGGGAGGAAUUAAUCAUGUUCCUUCGAUCCAAUACGAUAACUAUGGCAAUAAUUUAUACUGGAGCGAUUGGGAUUCUUUGUUGAUUGAGGCCAUGAAUUUGAAUACGUUUUCAAAAACCGUCAUUUUUUCGGGAACUGCCGCAGAAACUCCUUUUGAAAUCGCAUUAGUUCCAAGUGAAGGGUACAUGUUCGUUGCGUUUUUAAUAUCCUAUUCGCGUGUACAAAUCGAUCGAUUAUCUAUGGAUGGGUCACUUACGUCUCGAAGUCGAUUUUUAGAUGACGAGUUGACAGGACCAAUUUUGAAAAUGUAUUUCGAUGUUUUGGGAAGACGUUUAUUUUGGGCGGAUACUGGUACCGGUUUUAUUGAAAGCGUCGAUGAAAAGGGUGACAAUCGAAUUUCUCACACAAAAACUUCUGAACCCGUUAGUAUCACAUUCAUGGAUAACGCACUGUUUUGGACUGAAAAAAGAUCUCUGUACAUUCAUUGGUUAGAAACUUCAGAUGCUACAGGGCAUGUGAACUAUAUAAAAUUAGAUGUUGACCAAUUGAAUGAUGAUGAAGCGAUAAUGAUUAAUAAUCCUCAUAAUUACGCUGCGGUCAAUUCAAGUGCUUGCUCAAAUAAUAACGGAGGGUGUAGUCAUAUAUGUUUAGUUUCCAGUGAAUCGUCAGGAAAACCAAUUUGCGCUUGUCCGAUUGGACACGCUUUGGCUAUAGAUGGUGCCACGUGUAAACUUCCGCCGAAGUGUUCAUCCAAACAGUUCACUUGCUUCACCGGAGAGUGUAUUUCGUUGACUAAGGUUUGCGAUAAUCGUAAAGAUUGCCUUCAUGGAGAAGACGAGUCAGUUGAAAACUGUCGCCAAUUGUGUCCUAAAGGACAAUUUAUGUGCCACGAUAGAACAAAAUGUAUCGAUGAGAAUUCGCGUUGUGAUGGAAAUUUCGAUUGUAGCGAUAAGUCGGACGAAAUUUGCUCCGCCAACUGUACCGAUGGUAUGUUUAAAUGCGAAAAUGGGGAAUGUAUACAAUCACAGUUUCGUUGCGACGGUAAAGUAGAUUGCAAGGAUGGUUUAGACGAAAAAGACUGUCAUGAAGCAAAAUGCCAAAACAGUCAGUUCCAGUGCGUUUCAGGUCAAUGUAUUCCAUUAGCAUGGCACUGUGACGGUGAAAACGACUGCACCGAUGGAACUGACGAAACGACUAGCUGUUCCUCGAGUAUUUGCGGUAAAGAUGAAUUUCACUGCUCCAAUGAUAACUGCGUGAUGAUAUCGGUAACAUGUGAUGGACAUGAUGAUUGCGGUGAUAAUUCGGAUGAAGAUAAGGAUUGUGUCAAAAAUCGGAAUAUUUACUCACAAACUUCGUUUUAUUAUACUAAUCAUACUGGCGUUCAUUUGUAUAAGCAAUGCAACUCAAGGACAGAAUUUCAUUGCGAAACGAAAUCUGGAAGACAUUGCAUACCAAUUUCAUCUAGGUGCAAUGGCGUUGUCAAUUGCUUAAAUGGAGAAGACGAAGAUAAUUGCUUGCCUAAUAAAUGUAUUCAUGAACACGAAUUUUUUUGUGAAAAUUCCAAAAAAUGUAUCUCUCAGGAAUGGGUAUGCGAUCAUAAUGAUGAUUGCGGAGAUAAUUCUGAUGAAACUACAGCUGCUUGUCUAUCGAAAAAUGUCACCAAAAAGGAUUGCGGAGGUUUUCGUUGUGCUAAUGGCGAAUGCAUAGCAUUAUCAAAUGUAUGCAAUGAUAUACCGGAUUGCUCAGACAAAUCCGAUGAAGGUGGAAUGUGUGGUAACGGAUGUGAAAAAUUUGGAUGUUCUCAAAAAUGUAAUGAAGACCCAAACGGACCAUAUUGUUCAUGUAACCACGGUUAUGAAUUAGGACUCGAUAAUAAAACGUGUAACGAUAUCGACGAAUGCCAAAAGGAUAUUUGCGCUCAAAACUGCACCAAUACACCGGGAAGCUUUGUUUGUAGUUGCUUUUCUUCAGAAUACACUUUGAAAUCUGACCGUGUUUCAUGUAAAGCAAACGGUGAAGCUGCGCACUUCGUGAUUGCCUCUCUUGAUGAACUGAACGUUAUUACAAAUAAUUGGAUGCACACUACUCAUAUGUUGAACUUGCCCAGCGGAAGUAUGAUUACUGCAAUGGACGUUGAUAAUAGGAGAGGACUUGUAUAUUCAGUUUGGGAUUAUUCGCAAAUAAUCAGAAUCGAUGUGUUAAAAUUGGAAGUCGCGAGAAUUACUCCUCCUUUCAUUUAUGGUAUUGCUGCGGAUUGGAUUACGGGGAAUAUUUAUUAUGUUAGAUCUCGCUCCAAAAUAAUGGUGACAUCAUUUAGCGCGAAAAACUUGUCCGCUUUAGUUUACGAUACGGGAUAUUCAGGAAAAAUUCUUUCCAUCGCCGUGGAUCCUGUUGCAGGAUACCUAUUUUGGUUUGAGAGUAUUUCUUGGAGCGGUGACUUCAACAUGGGAAAAAUAAAAAGAGCGGAUUGUAAUGGAGAAAAUGUCAAAGAAAUAACUGCAACGAUUACAUACACUAUUAACAGCAUCUCCGUUGAUUCCUAUGAGCAGCAUUUAUAUUUGUACGAAAAACAUGAUGGUAUAAUCAUACGAUUGAAUUAUGAUGGAAGUAACUCUACCAUAGUGUUACGCAUUGAGUCGCACAUAGCCGGUUUUUCAUUUUUCGAAAAUUCAAUUUAUUGGGCUUCAGAAGAAUCCAACGUUUAUCCGGUUCGAAAGUGCAAAAUUUAUGGACUGCCGCCCAGAAAAUGUGAAGUACUCAAGUCCAAAGUGAAAAAUGUCCGUUACUUCUCUGUGCUUCAAGAAAGCCGGCAAAGAAACGUUUCCGAUCCAUGUGUGUCGAAUGUUUGUUCUGAUGUUUGUUCGUUAACUCCCGCUGGUCCUAAAUGUUUGUCUUAUGGCGAAAAACAUCCUUCAUUGCACGACAUAACGCAGCCAUCGGAAAAAAAUGGAACCGCAUCAAGUUUCAGCACAGCAUUUGCCUAUUUUGUCUUAUUGUGUCUAAUUGUGGCGCUAGGAUUUAUCGCGUAUCGUUAUUACAAACCGAAAUCACAUUUCUUUCACAGAUUUCAUUUCUACAAUACACCGUUAGGUAAAUCGGAGCAGUUAUACAACUCUCACGCAUCCGGUAUUAAUGAACUGGUUGCCAAUAAAUGUGGAACGGCGUUUUUAGAAUCAGUUACCGAAGAAACAAUCGAAUCAGAAUUCAUUUCUGCUGGUCACAAAGCUUCUAGAGAAUCUUUAAUAAAAAGCAGUUUAUGAAUAUCUAGUACUUAGCCAACUACUUGUGAUAUGUAGUAUUACCUCCUCAAUUUUAUUUUUCCUGUUAUUGUUUAUGUCAAACGUGAAUGUGUUUUGAAAACUUCAAUGUUGUUGGUAGUAUUUUAAAUCUUGUUUAAAAUUUUUAUGUGUGAAUGUUUUUCAUUCAUUUUUAUAAAAAUGAUUUUUCAUUUCAAUUUUUAAUUAACGUGAAAAAAUUAAGCUAGGUACCAAAUUGGUGAUGCGUUUAUUUUACUGUGUUAUAAAAAGGAUCAGAUGUGCCUAAAGUAAGUGUAGUAUGUACAACUUUGUUAAAAUCAUGUUGCUGUGAAAAUAUAAAAUGUGUUAGUUGAUAA